GUUGUGCAAACUUUUUGCUUUUGUUGUUCUAUCUGUUACAAAAAUAACACACCAAUUAAAAAGACACUACUCACAUAUUAGUUUUCAAUAAGACUUCACUAAUGAAGGUUCUACAAUGGAGUAUUCAUGGCUGUUUAUAAAAACUUUAUUAAUCCAAGUAACUUUUUUUGGCUCAUCAAAUGCAUUAGACAUAAACAAACAAUUUAUACAACAAAAUAAUACAGAUCUUGAUUUGUAUCUACCGAAAAACGUAAUUCCAGAAUCAUAUAUAAUACGGAUAGAACCGAAAUUUAAAAAUCAUGAAUUCAUUGGAAAAAAUAAAAUGAAAUUACAUGUAAAAACAGCUACAAAUCUAAUUAUAUUUCAUUGUGGAAAAAAUAUGAAUAUAACAUUAAAUUCAAUAAUGAAUAAUCAGAAGAGUAUCAUGAUACUAACUUCUAUCUAUGAUAAAGAAACUGAAAAAUUCACAGUUGUCGUUAAUGACACUAUGCCAGCUAAAUCAGUUACUGAAUUAGUAGUAGAUUUUUCUGGAAUUUUAUCGAGUGAUAUGAAAGGAUUUUAUUCUUUUGUUUACUGGAAAUAUAUGAAUAUAUUUAUGCAGAAUGAAACUUUGUUGAAUGUAGCAGGAACUCAUUUUCAACCCACCUAUGCACGUUACGCUUUUCCUUGUUUUGAUGAACCUUAUUACAAAGCUAUGUUUACAAUUGUCAUUCGACGGCCGAUAUCAUUUUUAUCUUUAUGUAAUUUGCGAUUCAACAAAACUAAUUUAAUAGAUAAUAAUACAGCAUCUGAUGUAUAUAAAUCAGAUAUACCAAUAUCAACAUAUCAAAUAUCAUUUUUCAUAUUGGAAUUUACUUGUAUUAAUAAUACUCAGGCUACAGUUCAAGUUUGUGCGCAAUCCCUGAAUAAUAAGUAUUUGUCAAAGGCUUUACAAGUUGGUGAAAAAACUCGAAAUUUUUUUUCAAUACUCUUGAAUGAAUCCUAUCAAUUGCCACUGGUUACAAUGAUUGGAAUUCCUAAUAAAACUCCUGAAAUCACUGCGAGUUCUACAUUUCUUACUUUUAACGAAAAUAGGUUUCUCUAUGAUCCAAAGGUUACCUCAGAUAUUGAUUAUGAGAGGAUAAUUACUACAAUUAUUCAGGGAUGGGCUUCUAUAUGGUUUGGACAUAUAGUGACUCCAGAAAAAUGGGAUUAUGUUUGGCUUAAUGAAGGAAUUGCUACUUAUAUAUCAUAUUAUGCUGCUUCUGCGACUAAACUCAGUUUAACUUCCAUGCAACGAGUUAUAAUCGAUCAAGUACAUCCUGCUCUUCUUGAAGAUGGAAUGGGUUUUUCGAAAUCUUUGACUCGAAAAAUUACAACAUUGGAAGAGACUGAGCAGGUUCAAGAUAAUAUUAUAUCUUCCAAAGGAUGUAGUAUUGUUCGAAUGAUACAUUUAAUGCUUGGAACACAAGUUUUUAACUCAGCUUUGAUUAACUACGUAACUUCAAGAAAAACUAAAACAUCAACUCCAGCUAACUUUUGGUUUUCCUUUCAAAACUCUAUCAAUCGUUUUCACCUUAAACUUCCAGUAAAUUUGAAAACAAUUAUGAACUCCUGGACAAUUUAUCCGGGAUAUCCUGUUCUUCAUGUAAAUAGAAAAAAUAAUAAAAUUGAAUUGCGUCAACAAAGAUUUUCUAUUAAUAACUUAGAUUCAAUCUCCGACGACACUGUAUGGUGGAUUCCAUUGACUUGGACAACUGUAAAUGUUUCGAAUUUUGAAACUACUAGUCCUAAAUAUUGGUUUCAUAAAAGAAAAGAAGUAAUAAACUUAAACCAUAAUGCAAGCGAAUGGGUGAUAUUUAAUGUUCAACAAUCAGGCUUUUAUCGGGUCAAUUACGAUCUAGAAUUAUGGUCACAAAUAAUUAAUGAAUUAAAUGCGAAGAAGAAAAAAAUCAUUCCACCAAUAAAUCGUGCUAUGAUUAUUGAUGAUUUAUUUAAUUUAGCAAGAGCUGAAAUGGUUCCGUAUGCUGUUACUUUAGCAGGUGUUUCAUAUAUUUCACAGGAAACUGAAUAUUUACCGAUUAAAGCAGCUCUUACUGGACUUCAAUAUCUUUAUGAACGUUUCGCAGGACGAGAAUAUAAUAUCCUUUUUAAUAAUUUUUUUUUACAACUAAUUUUACCAAUUUAUAUAAAUUUGAAUAACUUGGAGACACAAGGAAAAUCUUCAUCAAUGAAUUUUGUGGAAAAAGACAUAAAUGAGUGGGUUUGUAAACUUGGCUAUGAAAAGUGUAAUCAGAAUAUGCUAAAAUAUUUUUAUAAAUGGAAAAAUGAUUCGACAUACGUAAUUCCAAAAAAUAAAAAAAGUCUUGUAUAUUGUACUGCAAUAGAAAAUGGACUUCUUGAAUAUAUAAUUGGCUUCUACUUUGACGUUGAUAAUGCAAUUGAAAAAAAUAUUGCCAAAAGAGCAUUAAAUUGUAUAUCCGAUAAGAGAUCUUUAACAAGUUUAUUAGAAUCUGCAAUAAAAAAUGAAGGAUUUUUUUACAUUAACAAACAACAAACUAUUGAAACAUUUAAAGCAAUAGCUCAAAGUAAUUAUAAAAAUGCUGAAUUCAUUUUAGAAUUUAUCUCAUUCUUUAGGGAAGCCGUGCUCGACUAUUUUCAAGAUCAACUGAUUAUUGCUGAUAUAAUACAUGCAGCAUCUAAACAACUUUCCACACCGGAAAGUAUUAAGAAACUAGAAAAUUUCAUUAAUGAUAACAGCAUUCAUUUUGCAAUUAUUCAUGAUCAUUUGAUAGCAGCAUUGAAGUAUGCAAAAUCUGAAGUUGAUUUUUAUGAAAGAAAUUAUCAAUCGAUUGUAAAUUGGAUUAAUGAAAACGAGUUAAAUUUUCGGACAUCAUUAUUGGAUACUGCAAAAAAACUUAACUUCAAGCAUAUACAACAAAUAUUGAAAUUUGAAAAAAAUAAACGUGAAGACGAUCUUCUUCAAGCCCUAAAAAUAAUACAGAACUUUUCGAAAUUCGAUUAUUAUUCUGCAAAACAAGUGUUAAACUUUAUUAAAUAUCUCGAUGACAAGUUUACCGGAAGAUGCAUUUCAGACUCUUUUAGAAAUUAUAUUAUGGAAAUUAUAACGCCGGUAUAUAAUAAAUUACAAUUUGAAGAGAAACUAUACGAAAAUACUGAAGAUAAACUAUUGAGAAUAGAGAUAAUAAAAUAUGCGUGCUUAUUAGGAAAUGCAAACUGCAAACAAAGAUCAAAGCAAUUAUUUAAUAAUUGGCGAACGAAUUCAUCAGCAUUAUUUCCUGUAAAUCUUCGUAGAAUAAUAUUAUGUACUGCAAUAAAGUGGGGAAAUGAAAAUAACUGGUUUUACCUUUGGGCUCAAUAUACAAAAACAAGUCUACCAAGUGAGAAGGAUGUAAUGCUCCAAGCUUUAGGAUGUACACAAAAUCGUACCAUUAUCAACAAACUCUUAAUAUUUGCUGUAUUAUCUAAUCUUGAAAUAGAAGAAAACUUGAAGAUUUUUUCAUCAAUUUAUGCAUCGGGACUAAAUGGCAUGGAGCAAACUCUUGAUUUUAUGUUUAAAAAUCGGACGAUCAUAUAUAAUUACUAUAAGAAUGACAGCAUUAUUAAAAAUAUUUUUGAAAGGCUGUCAAAUCAUUUGACUACUAGAAAUUUGUUAUAUAAAUAUUCUAGUCUGGCAAUUGCAUAUGGGAAAAAAUAUCCCAAAAUCGCAGAGUCUUUAGAAAAAUAUCUAUUUGUGGCUAAAACUGAGUUAUUGAAAUUUGAUAAUCUAAGUUUACAAGCAUUCAAAUGGUUGUGUUCUAUAUAUCCUGGUAAGAAUCCACUUCCAAAAAGUAUAGUUCCACAAAAAUAUGAAAUUUAUUUGAUUACAUAUUUCAAUCCAGACAUUUUAAAUUUCGAUGGAUUUGUAAACAUAACACUAGAUAUUUUAAAUGACACUUCAUACAUUGUUCUCAAUGUCGGUAAUUUAACCAUUUCUUCUGUAACAAUUCAUUUUAUUAAAGAUUUACGUGCCAUUCCGUUAAAUGGCAGUCCUCUGAAAUUAAAUAAUAAAUUCAUCAUGGCUUUAAACAUGACUGUAGAAGCUGGAACACAAUUAUUAGUAUGUAUUUCAUAUAAAGGAUACUAUAAUAAUGUCCCGAACGUAUUUUAUCGUUCUUAUUUUACUGAUAAAAAUGGACAUAAGCAUUGGAUAGCUGCUACACAAGUACAAAAGUAUGGAGCUCUAGAAUUAUUUCCCUGUUUUGAUGAUACCUAUUUCAAAGCUAUGAUUCAACUUAAUAUUAAGAAACCUGAUCUCUACUAUUCAUUCACUAAUAUGAAAUUAGAUUCAUUUGAUUAUUCCAUUGAUCAGUUUGGUGAUGUGGAUUACUAUAAAACAACUCAACCAAUGUUACCUAAUGAUAUUACGAUUAUAAUAACUGAUAUAAAAUAUUUCACGGAUACUCCAACUGGUUUUAAAAUUUGGCUACGUCCACGUCUUGUUAAAGAAAAUAUUUAUCAAUCACAUACCUCUUCUUUUCAAUCAAAGGAUGAUCUUGGAUGGAUUUUAGUAAACCGCGAGCAAACAGGAUUUUAUUAUGUGAAUUGUAAUUGGAUAACUUGGGAAGAAAUAUUUGAAAUGUUAAAAAGAGAAAACUUCGGAGGAAUAUCCGUGAACGAUAGAGCUCAAAUAAUUAAUGAUCUGUAUAAUUUAGCCAAACAAAAAUAUAUUUCCUUAAAUAUAUAUUUAACUGGAAUAGAAUAUCUUAUUAAUGAAAGAGAUUUAUUCCCUUGGAAAGUAUUUUUAGAAUCUUUCAGCUAUAUAUGGAAUAAAUUUGACAAUCCAGACAUAAAUAAUGGUUUGAAAAUUUACUUAUCACAAUUAAUGAAACCCACUUAUCAAUAUCUCGGUUUUACAAGUAAAAAAAACGAUACUCGAUCAAAUAAAGAGUUAAGAGUAUUAAUUUUAUCAUGGGCCAUUUAUCUGAACUAUUCUGACUUUAUUAACGAAUCGAUAACUGUAUUUAACCAAUGGCGAGCUAAUCCUGAUGAUUCUUCGUUAAAUAAUAUUCUUCAUCCUUAUGAGAUCAUCUGCAAUGCUUUGAAAAAUGGAGAUUUUGAUGAAUGGCAAUUUGUAUGGCAAUACACUUUAACAAUGGAAAAUAAUUUGAUGAAAAUUUGUCUAAUUCGUACUCUUGCAUGUACCCACAAUAAGACAGCUUUAAAUAUUUAUUUACAACAUAUCUUUUCUGACAACAAUUGGAUGAAUACCAAUAUGAAAAAAUUAGCACUCGCAUCUAUAAAUGAUAAUAUAAAAGAUGGAUUCGAUACAAUUUUGAAUUUUUUACUGGACAAUGAUUACAAGAAUAACGUCUCCUGGAGCGUUGUCAGUACUGUAUUGAUGCCUCAGAUUAUAAAAUAUCCUUUGACAGCUUCCCAAUUAACAAAGUUGAUGUCAAUCGUGAACAAGAAUAAUAAAAAUAUAAGUGGUCUGAAUAUAAAGUACUACAAACAAUUAAUGGAUUUAUCAGAAAAUGCAAGAUGGUAUACGUAUUGUAAAGCUGACGUUGAAAAAUGGUUAGUGAAAAGAGGAUUUCUCACGAAUUCUAAUAUUUUAAAAGAUACUGUUAUCAAUGACAAUGAAAUAAAUACAGAAAAUGGUAAUCAGAAUUUCAUUUUACAACCUAAAGAAUGGGAAUUUUUAUGGCUUUCAGAAGCAUUUAUUUCUUAUUUCAAAUUUUCUUCUAGAGAGUUUGUUGAUGAUUCUGAUUUGGAAAACGAAUUUAUAAUUAAUCAACUUCAACCAGCUCUCAUUCAUGAAGGCAUGGAUUAUUCACAUCACAUAAAUAAAUUAGUUCACACAACAGAACUAAAAUCUUUAAUGAUAAUACAAGAAGACAUUGUUAACCAUAAAGGAAAUUGUAUCGUUAGGAUGUUGCAUUUGUCUCUUGGAAAUUCUAUCUUCAAACAAGGUUUAAUUAAUUACUUGCAAUCAAGUGAAUUCCAGUUAAUGAGUCUAGAUGAUCUCUGGUAUUCCUUUCAAUAUCAAAUUAACAGACACCAUAUGAAACUUCCAGAAGAUAUAAAAAAAAUUAUAAAUUCAUGGAUACAUCAAACUGGAUUUCCUGUUGUACAUGUAGAAAUUAAAAAUAAUAUUGCUAAAUUACGUCAAAAUAAAUAUUUCCUAAAUGGUUUAACUGAUAAUUCUGCAAAUAAUACAUGGUGGAUUCCAUUAACUUGGACAUCUGCAAAUAAAAAAAACUUUAAGGACACCAUUCCUAAGUAUUGGCUACAUAAAAAGGAAGAUGAAAUACAAUUGCAAAUUGAAGAAGACGAAUGGGUCAUUUUCAAUAUUCAACAAGCAGGCUUUUAUCGCGUUAAUUAUGAUGAAGCAUCAUGGCAUCGGAUAAUUUAUGCAUUACAUUUUCAUGAUUUGAAUAGUAUAUCAGCAAUAAAUCGUGCAUCUAUAAUCAGUGAUACAUUUAAUCUCGCUAAAGCUGGAAUUAUUCCUUUCGAAAUUGCUUUAAACACCAUCACUUAUAUCACAAGAGAAACUGAUUAUUUACCUAUUGAAAUAGCACUAAAAGAACUUGAAUUCCUUUUUAAAUAUUUUGCUGGUCAAAGUACAAACAAAAUUUUCAAUAAAUUUUGUUUGGCAUUGAUCAAACCAAGUUAUGAUCGUUUAAGUCAAUACGAUCAAACAAAUGGCCUUUUUUCUCGUAAGCUACAACAGAAAUUAACUACUUGGGCUUGUCUUCUGGGCCAUAAACAGUGCGUUCAAAAUGUUUUGCAGAAUUUUGAACGUUGGAAGAAUAAUUCUAAAAUAUCAAUAACAAAACAUGAAAAAAAACUCAUGUUUUGCAUCGCUGUAAAACAUGACUUAUCACUGAACAAAAAUGGAGCGAUCAGAACUAUUCUCAAUUAUUAUUCAAAGACUUCUAACAUAUCAGAUAGAGCUAUUGCUAUAUCAUCAUUGAAAUGCAUUAAGGAUUAUGAAAUUUUACAAGAAAUAUUACUGAUGCUGUUGAGUAAUCGUAGCGAAAAUGUUAUACAAAAGCAAGAAAUUCUUUAUGCUUUUAAAGUGAUUGCAAUAAAUAGUUACAGAGAUGCUGAAUUUAUAUCUGAUUUUAUUGUUACACAUCAUGAUAUAAUGCUUAAAUAUUACGGUAAUAAUGAUAUUUUCAUCGAGAUACUAGAAUCAUUAUUUGAGUUACUUCAUGUAACGAAGAACUCGGAGACACAUUAUGGUUAUCAAGUUAAUAUUGGAGAUGAAUUGUUUCAGACUGUAGAUACCACAUUUAAAAAAAAUACAUACCAUAAUGAUUUUUAUACAAAUUAUUAUCCACGUAUUAUUAAGUGGAUAACAAAUAAUAUAUAUUUUAUAUCACUGGAAAUUGAAAGAGAUGCCAAAAAUACCACGGAAUUACUUGAAGUAAUUGAACGUUCUAAUCAACUUUUAACAUCAUUUUAUGAAACAAAUUUAUCUACAGAUAACUUAUGUCUUAAUUUUUACUCAAACUCAAUAACAGAUUCAUCUUUAAUAUCGUUUAUAGAUCAAAUUAUUGAUGAAUUAAAUCAGUUCGAUGUUUACAGUAAAAAUUUUCUAACAUGGUUAAAAACUACAUAUAAAAAUUUCGAUUAUCGUCUACCUAAAAAUCUUAAACCAAUCGAGUAUGAAUUGUCUAUAUUUCCUGACUUUAAUAAUUUCUACGGUUCAGUUAAAAUAACAUUAGAUGUAUUAUACGAUAGUGAUCGUAUUGUUCUACAUGCGACUGAUUUGUGGAUUGCUGAAAUUAAUGUUCAUAGUUUAAGUACUGAUCAAUCCAUUAGUGUACUAUUUUUUUUGCAACAGCUGGAUGGAAGGUGCGAAAUUUAUUUAGACUCUGUUAUAAAAAAUGGUACAAAAUUAGUUGUAACGAUAACGUAUGGUGGGUUGAUUAAUGAAAAAAAAUAUGGAAUCUAUCAUCUUCUCAACAAUCAAGAUAAUACUGAUUGGAUAAUUACUACACACUUCCAAAUGUCUCAUGCUCGUCGGGCAUUUCCUUGUUUUGAUGAACCUUCCUUUAAAGCCAAAUUUAAAAUAAAAAUUCUUCGGCCAAAUGAUUUUAUAUCAAUCAGUAACAUGAACAUUAUCCUUUCUACACCUUCGCCUAUAAAAAUUAAUUGGACUUGGGAUGUUUAUGAAGAGAGUGAUAUAAUGUCAACAUAUUUAGUUGCUUUUAUUAUAUGUAAACACAAGACAGUCUUUGCACAUGAAAAUCAUUUAAAAUAUUGGUCUCAUCACAAUUCAACUCCCUAUGCUAAAUAUUCAUUAGAGGUUGCUUAUAAAGCAAUAGAAAUAAUGUCUGCUUAUACAGAAAUAUCACUUCCUCAGAAAAAAAUAGACUUUGUAGAAAUUCCAGGAUUUGAUAUGUUAGGUAUGGAGAACUGGGGUAUUGUUAUAUUAGAUGAUCAACUUCUAUCACUUUCAUCCACUCGUUUAAAUGCAAAUACACUUCAAGUAAUCACAUUUAAAGAAUUUAUCGUGGCACAUGAGAUUGCUCAUAUGUGGCUUGGAAAUUUAGUUACUUGUGAAACAUGGGAAUACUUUUGGCUCAAUGAAGGAUUUGCAAGGUACUUCGAAUGGAAAAUAAUGGAUACUAUUCAACCACAAUUAAAAUGGAUAGAAAAAUUCAUAGUUAAUAUACAACAAGCUGCAUUAACACUUGAUUCUCAGACCUUUAAUUUACCAUUGAAUAAUAAAAAACUGACUUUAAUUACUCUGGAAAAUGUAAACAAAUAUGAUAACUCAAUUCUCAUUCAUUAUAAGGCUCCGUGCAUUGUUCGAAUGAUGCAUCAUGCAUUUGGAGAUAAAAUAUUUAGGACUUCUAUCAAGUAUUAUCUUCAAGAAAAUAUGUGGAGCACUGGUACACCAUCAAAAUUGUGGAGUGCAAUAGAAAAAGUAUUUCACACAAUGGAUUACAAAACUAAAGAACCAGUAGCAACAAUGAUGGAAUCAUGGACGUCUCAACCAGGAUAUCCUAUAGUUCACGUGAAUAGAACUGAUGGACAAUUAAUUUUCAAACAAGAACGAUUCCUUUUUAAAAGGGAAACCGAACCAACGGAAUUAUAUUGGAUCCCAAUUACUUUUACAACUAAAUCCAAACCAGUUUUCACAAAUACUUUACCAGCCUUUUGGAUGGGAUCACGGACAGAGUCUAAAUCAUUGCCAAGAUCCAGUUAUGAUGAAUGGAUUAUUGUAAAUAUUCAACAGACAGGAUUCUACCGUGUUAAUUAUGAUGUACAUACCUGGAAUAAUAUAUUUAAAGCUUUAAAUCAAAAUGAUUUUGGAGGAAUUCCUGAAAUCAAUAGAGCACAGAUACUUGAUGAUCUCUUUAAUUUAGCAUAUGCAGAUUACAUUUCUUAUGAAUUAGCUUUUACUGGAGCAAAGUAUCUGAGCAAAGAGAGAGGUUAUCUUCCUUGGAAAGUAUUUUUCAAUAGUAUGGAAAAUUUAUAUGACAAAUUUGAUAAUUUCACUAUAACUGUGAAAUUAAAACAAUAUAUUAGAGAUUUAAUAACACCUUAUUAUUAUGAUAUUCAACCUGAAAACAAUUAUAUUUUUAAUCAUAAAGAUGAUCUUAAUAUAGUACAAAUAUUGGUGUGGGCUCGUAAAGUUGAUUUAAAUCCCUUAGUGGCUAAAUCAUUAAAAAAAUUUAAGGACUGGCCGAAAAAUUAUGAAAUGCCUAUAAAUACAUUUACUUUAUGCAACGUUUUACAACAUAGUCCAUAUUCUGUAUGGGAAUUUUUGUGGAACCGAUAUUUCAAGACAACUUAUAAAUCAGAAAAAUUAACUCUUCUUCAGAGCUUCGGUUGUUCAAGAAAUGUAACUACACUUACUGAGUUUAUAAGAUUUGUAGUAUUGAAUGACACCCUGCAAACUAAAUUCGAAUUUAAAGUUGCACUUGCAUCAAUAUUUUAUGAGGAACGAUAUUCAACAGAUGCUAUUUUAAAUUUUUUUAUUCUUUAUCAUGAGGAAUUGAAUGCUAAAUCUCUUUGGAAUAAAGUUCACUUACUACUAUUGGCAAUUUCAAGAAAUGUUUAUACUUCUCAUCAGAUUCAACAGUUAAAAAAAUUGAUUGAUAUUUUAAAAAAUAAAAAUGACCAAAUUAGGAAACAAUUUCAGGAUAAUUUGUCUCAAAUAUUAAUUAAAAAACAAUGGUUCGACAACCAUAUCUUUGAUAUUAUACAAUCGUUAACUAAGCUAGAAGUAAUUCAAAAAUCUUCAAAUAAACCAGGUGUAGUUCCGAAACGGUAUAAUAUUAUAUUUCGUUUAAAUAGUGACUUUAGUUUUGUUGGAGAAGUUGAAAUUCAAGCACAAGUUAUUUUGGAAAAUAAUCAAAUUGUACUUGAUCAUGGUAGUAAUAUUGUUAUAAAUUCAUUAUCUAUUACCAAUAAUGAAACAGUAAUUAACAUAUCAUCUAAAAACUAUGUUAAAAAGAAAGAAAAGCUCAGUUUUUAUUUAAAUGAUACUCUACCAGUUGAUUCAACAGUUACAAUAAGCAUUUCUUAUACUGGAGAUUUGUCGAAACAUAUUAAAAGUCUUAUGCCGUUUUCUUAUUGGAAUAAAGAUCAAGUAUUAAAAAAAAUCAAAACUCUACGAUAUGAAUUAUCCUCAGCAAAAGAAGUUGUUCCUUGCAUUAAUUGUCAUUGGAGAGAUAAAUCGGAGGUAAACAUUUCAAUAACGAUUCGACGUCCUAAGACAUUUAUUCAUCCAAAACAUCGCUUGCCUGUCAAUGUCGUUAGUUUUAGGUCUCAUGGGUAUGCUUUAGAGAAAUAUAAUCUUCUUGAACCAAGAACAAUAAAUAUUAUACCGUUUCUGAUAACUGAAAUUGGAAAACCAAGUAUGAGAAACUGGAUUGAAAAAUACAAUUUCAAACUAUGGUCUCCUACAAUUGAAUCACUUCGAGGACAAAAUUAUAUUACAAUAGAUGAAGUAAAUCGUUCAUUAAUAAUUGAUUAUUUAUUUAAUUUAUCACGUACAAAUUUGAUCGGGUAUGAUGUAAGUUUAUCAGCCGCUCAAUAUUUAGUGCAAGAAAGAAGUUAUCUACCAUGGAAAACAGCUUUCAAACAUUUUGAACUCCUAAGUAACAGAUUAAUCGGAAGUGAUCUUGAACAAAAAUGGAAAAAAUAUUUGUUCUCAAUUUUGAAUGGAAUUUAUUAUGAGCUUGGAUUUACAGAAGAUGUUGAUGAUAGUAAAGAGAAAAAAAUGUUGAGAAGUGAUAUUAUAAAAUGGACAUGUUGGUUAUCACAUUUUGAUUGUAUUUCUCGUUCAUCUCAGAUAUUUAAUAACUGGAAAUUGAAUGGAUCGAAAUCAGUUUCGACCAUGUUGCAGCAGACUGUCUUUUGUAGUGCAAUAAAAUGGGGAUCUGAUGAUGACUGGAAUUUCCUCUGGGCCAAGUAUUUACAGACAAAUGUUACAAGUGAAAAGAAGGCAAUUCUACAUGCUUUAGGUUGUACAGAGAAUCCUAAAAUAAUCAAUAAAUUAUUAACGAGUGCAAUAACAAAAGAUUCUGGAAUUCAACUUAAAGAUAGCCGAAGUGUUUUCAUUUCAGUGUAUUUUUCUGGACCAAUAGGAGCUAUGGAAGUCACUAAUUUCAUACGACAUAAUCGUCAGAAAAUGCUGAAGUACUACAAAAGUGACAAUCGAAAACUAUGGAAGAUUCCAUUUAUUCAUAUGUUACGGAAUAAUUUCAAAUUGUUUAAGAGAUACGAUCCAAAAAUCUUCGAAUUUUUGAGCUAUAAGUAUCCUGAUGAUGACAGACAUUUGCCAAGAAAAGUCAAACCACUAGAGUACCACAUUCGUAUAAUUCCUGAUCUGAAGGCAAAAAAUUCUGCAUUUGGUGGCUCUGUAAGUAUGGUGCUAGAGAUUUUGAAUCAUACGUCCUGCAUUGUUUUACAUGCCAAAGACUUGUUCAUAUCAAAAAUUAAUGUUUAUAAUUUUCAUAGUUCCAUUCCUUACGUAAUAUUGAACUAUUCUUAUGAUAACUAUGACAAACUUAGUAUUUAUCUUGGCACGAUUGUCAGCUCUGGGUCUCGAUUAAUUCUUGAUAUUGAAUACACUGGUUUUAUAAACGAAAAACAAAUUGGAUUAUUUCAAGGUUCUUAUGAAGAUAAAAAUGGAAAUACUCAUUUAUUUGCUGCUACUCAGUUAGAAAAAAUUUACGCUCGACAGAUUUUUCCCUGUUUUGAUGAACCAGCAUUAAAAGCGACAUUUAAAAUCAGUAUCAUGCGACCUAAUUAUUACUCUACACUUAGCAAUAUGAAGUUAAAGCAUUCUGUUGCCUCUGGAAAAUCAAACUGGACUUGGGAUCAUUAUGAAAAAAGUAUCCCUAUGUCCACUUAUCUUCUCAGAAAUCAAUAG